UCUAUAAAAAAAAAGCGAGCACCGAUUACAAAAAUGAAUUGAUCAAUUAUUAUUAUCCACAGUAGAUACCCAAAUUUCCACCAUACACAUAUUAGAUUUGAUCCCAUAAUAUAUGAGUACAAGAUGAACGCUAUUUCCCAAAGAUGUCAAAACCGAGCAAUUCGUUUUUAUACACUGCAUUAUUUUAAUAUCAACUUGCCCAUUCAGUUACGGCAUUUGAGUUUCUCUGUUUUCAGGAUGGCGAUCUGGUUCAAUAUACUGUCAAACUUUUUUGUUUCUUUCUGUACCUUCCAAUCUCUGCUCAUCCAGAUUCUGCCAUGCCAAAACCCAAACCACAGCUUCCAAUCCAUGGCCUCGUGGCCGCUAUUGUUGUUUUACUUCAAUUACCGGAAUUUUGUGUGGCCAAAACCAGAAACAAAUAUUGCAACUCAACUGUUUGUGGAAAUGUCACAAUCAGCUACCCUUUUCGAUUACCAACCCAACCUCCCAACUGCGGCGAACCUCGAUUCGAACUCGACUGCGACAGCAACAACCGCACCGUUUUAUCCUUAAACCAUGGCAGAUUCUACGUCCAAAAUAUCUGGUACGAAUACUCCACUAUCCGAGCUAUUGACCCAAACCUCGCUGUGGAUGAUUGUUCCCUUCCUCGCGGCUCCUUAUCGUUCUGGGAUAAAGGGCCGUAUUCUUUGGUUUUCCCAUUGAGUCUCAUGUAUGUAGUGAACUGCACAAAGGCGAUUAAAUCAUCUUUGUAUAUUGAUGCCUCGCGUUGCCCCGUUAACUCUUCCGGUUCCGAUCCGCCACCAGAUUCAUACGUUUAUUUUCUGGGUGAACGAACUUCGCCUCGAGAUUUCGAUGAGUCUUGCAGAAUCGAAGCUACGGUUCCUGUUAUAGUUCAGGAUAUAAGUGGCUUCUCUACUUCGGACAUCUACGAGAAGCUGUUAAAGCCGGGGUUCGAAUUGUCUUGGACCUUCGGUUUCAAGUCGCAGCAGGCCAGUCCUAUCGAUGCCUUGUUAGGAGACUUGGAAUAUGCCUUGCAAAGUUACAUUGACAGCUUCAUCCAUUACUUAUUCAAAGGCCCCCAUAUUGCCCAUGCUUCAUAUUAUGCACCUAAAAGUACUUAUAUUUUAUGUCUUCAAAUAACAGGAGGAUUUAUCUUAGCAAGGAUUUUGCCCAGGAUAAUUUGCUUGAUUGGACUUGUUAUUUACAAAUGGAGAAGAAGACAUUUAUGUGCGGAUGAUACGAUCGAAGAGUUUCUUGAACGUCAAAAAGAUUUGAUGCCGAUAAGGUAUUCUUAUCGCGAAAUAGAGAAAAUGAGUAAUGGUUUUAAGGAUAAAUUAGGCGAAGGCGGUUAUGGUUCGGUGUUUAAAGGAAAGCUUCGUAGUGGUUAUUUUGUAGCAAUAAAGUUAUUGGGGAAGGCAAAAGGUAAUGGCCAGGAUUUCAUCAAUGAAGUUGCUACGAUCGGGAGGAUUCAUCAUGUUAAUGUGGCGAAACUUACUGGAUUUUGUGUUGAGGGAUCAAAACAAGCUCUCGUUUAUGAUUUUAUGCCGAAUGGAUCUCUAGAUCGGAUUAUAUUUGCAAAAGAAAAUAAGGUUGACUUAAGUUGGAAAAAGAUGUUUGAUAUUGCGCUUGGGGUGGCUCGAGGGCUCGACUACUUACAUCAAGGAUGUGACAUGCAGAUUUUACAUUUUGAUAUCAAGCCGCACAAUAUUCUUUUAGACGAGAACUUUACACCAAAAGUUGCAGAUUUCAGUCUUGCUAAACGGUUUUCAGUAGAUGAUAGCAUCGUAUCUCUGACAGCAGCACGAGGUACUAUAGGUUACAUUGCUCCUGAAUUGGUCUACAAAAACCUCGGAGGCGUCUCAUAUAAAGCCGAUGUUUACAACUUCGGAAUGUUAUUAAUGGAAAUCAUAGGAAGGAGGAAGAAUAUGAACACAUCUGCCGAACAAGAAAGUCAAAAAUACUUCCCAUCAUGGAUUUACGAUCGAUACUAUCAUGGAGAAGAUGUAGAUUUGGGAGAUGUUACGGAUGACGAAAAGAUUAUCGUGAAGAAGAUGGUGAUAAUAGCUUCUUGGUGUGUACAAGUAAAACCUAAUGAUCGUCCUUCGAUGAGCAAAGUCUUGGAGAUGUUCGAAACGGAUGUCGACCUCCUCCAAAUGCCUCCAAAACCUUUUCAACUUCCCUUUGAAGUAGCAACGGCUACUCAAUCCUAUGCUUCAACCAAAGAUCAACCCCAUGAUAGUUCAACUGAUGAGACAUCUUAUUUACUCUAUUCUUCAAAUGAAAUUACCCUAGGUUUGGGUAUCAUGAAUCCGUGAAUCAAAAAUUCAAAUAGC